CGUGGAGGCGACCGAAAUUAGCUUUAUCACACAUCCGGUAGCACAAAAGUGGCGGUGUUACAAAAAUUCUCUAUAAAUAUAAUUAAGUGUAUCUAGAUUUUAAUUGUAUCAGAUCAUUACUAGUUUGUGGUGAAAUUGGUCAGUUUGGAUUAGUCAUCAUCAAAUACUAUGUCACAUGUGUAUUAAUACUAGAUCUAGAUAAUUAUAAUAAUUAUUAUUAUCUAGAUCUAUAGGCUAGGUCUAGGUGUCUUAGUACUCUUAGUGUCUAGAAUUCUAGUCUACACUACACUACAGUCAGUGUACAGAAUUGCCACUGUUGUAAUUGUACAGCCACACAAUUAUAAUGAUGCUAUGACAAAAUUGGAUUUAUAAGCUGACAAAUUUCAUUCAAAAAUUGUUAAAAAGUUUAAGCAUAUAUAUUGCUUUUAGAAACUCUUAUCAUGGAUGACAUGAGGCAUGACUUUACUAAUGAACUUAAAACUAUCCUAAAAAGUGAGGAGAUAGAUUGGUCUUUGGAAUCAGAGAUGGCAGACAACAGUUCCAUGUAUGAAACUUCUAAAUUAAGUUUAGAAGAACAGACACAGAAAUCUGAAGAACAAAUGCAUUCAAUGCCAAUGAUAGAUGAGUUAAAACAAGAAUUUACCAAUGAUCUAUGCAAUGUUAUGAAAAAGGAGAAGACAGAAUUGUCUUUCCUUCCAGAGACAUCAGAAUUCAGCUUCAUUGGUCAAACCUGGGAAUCAAUUUUAUCAGAGCAAAAAAUAAAUCCAAAUCAAGAUAUGGCUUCAAACAUAGAUAAACCUAGAAACUCUCCUAACAAAGAUGUGCGUGCUGGAAACAUUAAAGAUGAAGAACAAUAUAGUUCAAACGAAAAUAGAACUCUCCAGCUGGUUUCUGCUGAAAAACCAUUCUCUACUUCAUCAAUCUCUAAGAACCAUGAAUUAAUGCAUUGCUUUAGAAAAACAUUUAAGUGUGACUUAUGUCAAAAACAAAUGUUUCAUAAAAAUAGUUUAAAAGUUCACCUGGCACUUCAUUGUGGAAUCAAACAAUUCAAAUGUCAAAUUUGUCUAAAAGAAUACACUUGCUCCUCAAGUUUAAAAGUGCAUCAGAUGAUUCAUAGUGGUAAAAAGCCAUUUAAAUGUCAAAUUUGUAAAAAAGAAUACACUUGCUCCUCAAGUUUAAAAAUGCAUGAGAUGAUUCAUUCUGGUAAAGAGCCAUUUAAAUGUCAAAUUUGUCAAAAAGAAUUCAAUCACUACAAAAAUAUAAAAAAGCAUGAGAUGAUCCAUAGUCUUAAAAAGCAGUUUAAAUGUCAUAUUUGUAAAAAAGAAUUUACCCAUUCCUCUAGUUUAAAGGAGCAUGAAAAUAUUCAUUCUGGCAAAAUGCCUUUUAAAUGUCAAAUAUGUCUAAAAGAAUUCUCUGCCUCCUCAAGUUUAAGAAUACAUGAGAUGAUUCAUUCUGGUAAAAAUCCAUUUCAGUGUCAUAUUUGUAAAAAAGAAUUUACCAGAUCCGAUAAUUUAAAGCAGCAUGAAAAAAUUCAUUCUGGUAAAAAGCCAUUUAAAUGUCAAAUUUGUAAAAAAGAAUUUCAGCGAUCCUCUCAUUUAAAGCAGCAUGAAAAUAUUCAUUCUGGCAAAAUGCCAUUUAAAUGUCAAAUUUGUCUAAAAGAAUUCUCUGCCUCCUCAAGUUUAAGAAUACAUGAGAUGAUUCAUUCUGGUAAAAAGCCAUUUAAAUGUCAAAUUUGUAAAAAAGAAUUUACCCAAUCCUAUAAUUUAAAGCAGCAUGAAAAUCUUCAUUCUGGUAAAAAGCCAUUUAAAUGUCAAAUUUGUAAAAAAGAAUUUACCCAUUCCUCUACUUUUAAGCAGCAUGAAAAUCUUCAUUCUGGUAAAAUGCCAUUGAAAUGUCAUAUUUGUAAAAAAGAAUUUACCCAUUCCUCUAGUUUAAAGGUGCAUGAAAAUAUUCAUUCUGAAAAAAAGCCAUUUAAAUGUCAAAUUUGUCUAAAAGAAUUCUCAGCCCCCUCUACUUUUAAAAGACAUGAGUUGAUUCAUUCUAGUAACAAGCCAUAUAAAUGUCAAAUUUGUCUAAAAGAAUAUACUUGCUCCACAAAUUUAAAAAUGCAUGAGAUGAUCCAUAGUGGUAAAAAACCAUUUAAAUGUCAAAUUUGUAAAAAAGAAUUUACCCAAUCCUCUAAUUUAAAGGUGCAUGAAUAUAUUCAUUCUGAUAAAAAGCAAUUUAAAUGUCAAAUUUGUCUAAAAGAAUUCUCUACUUCCUCAAAUUUAAAAAACCAUGAGAUGAUUCAUAGUGGUAAAAACCUAUUUCAAUGUCAAACUUGUCUUAAAGAAUUCACUAAAUAUUAUUUAAAAAAGCAUGAGAUGAAUCAUAAGUUGUAAGAAAGCCAUUUAAAUGUCAAAUUUGUAAAAAAGAAUUUAGCCCAAUCCUCUAAUUUAAAGGAGCAUGAAAUUAUUUAUUCUGGUAAAAAGCCAUUUUAAUGUCAAAUUUGUCAAAACAAAUUCACUACAUCAUCAGCUUUAAAACAUCGUGAGAUGAUCCAUACUUGUAAAAAGCUAUUUCAUUAUCAAAUUUUGAAAAGUAAAAGCGGUUGGUAUUUGUGCCUGUCGCAUGACAACCUCAUUAACUGUGGGCCACAGAAACAGAUGCCUUUAACAUCAUCUGCUCUAUAGAUCAUAAAUUCUGACAGGGGAACUAACAAUGGACUAUUUCAAUGCUUAAUUAGUCUAACAGAAUUCACUCAUUCCUCAAAAUUAAAACAGUACAAGAUAUUUCAUUCAUUCUGGUGAAAAGCCAUUUGAAAGUAAAAUGUAAAAACAAAAUCAGUUUUUAAACAGCACCAGAUGAUUCAUUCUGAUAAAAUGUCAUUAUUGAAUUUGUGAAAAAAAAUCAUACAGUUCUCUAAUUUAAGAAAACAUGAGGCUUCAUUUUGGUAAAAAGCAAGUUACAUGAAAUUUUUCUCAAAAGAAACUCAUUCCUCAUUUUUUAAACAGCAUCAGAGGAUUUGAAUAUUUACUCUCAUAAAAUGGCCAUUCUUUAGCAGAUAAGGCGUUUUGUGUACUUAACUUUGCAAAUACAAUUCUCAUUGUCACAGGGCAGAAACAUUUUCAGUGUGGGCAGGUUAAAGACAAAGUUUUUAUUGUCAGUUAAUAUCAAUAGCGUGAAAGAUUGAGCAACAGCUGCUAACAACACAUAGGAAGGGGACAUCCUGGAGUGCUUUUGGGAGGAAUUUUCAUAUCAGCAUGAUGCUGUCCUGGUGGUGGUGGUGGUCACAUUGAGCAGCUUGGACUAAAAACUUAAAGUUAUUUGUAUCCUAUUAGGCAUAAUUUUUUUUAUUGUUAAAUAUAGCACAAUGGUUUUGGCAUAUUUCUUUUUGAAGCAUCAUGUGUGUAUAUAUACAGUUAAGGUGCGUUGCAUUUAUGUACACCUUAACUGAUAUUUAUUCAGAUUCAUCCAGAAUGGACUAUUCCAAAUGUCUCUAACAUUAUUAUUAUUAUUUUUCUGAUAGAACUAGUGAUUCUAACACUGAGGAUACCAUACCAAACGUAUGCUUAUAGCUCAAAUAUUCAGAAAGCUUCACAUUUGUUCAAUUUUUUUUCUAGUUUUUUUUCUUUUUUUUUUUUUUGGCCUUCAGAGUCCAAUGUUUUUGAAGGCCAUUCAAGAAUAACUAUUAGACUCCCAAAGAUGAAAGAUACCGGUACUUGUUGUUUAGACUAAGACUUAGGUCCUCCUGGGCCUUUUGUCACAUCGGGCGGUUAGCUUUAUCCACAAAGACCUGUCACUGGCAACUUGAAGUUUAAGUUGUCAUAAAAUGUUUUCAUUUUAUUUACUUGCUCUGAAUAUGCAUUUGAUAAUUUUUAGCAUAUUUAAAAAAAAAACAACCUAAAAGCUUUUUGCAUGUAGUGUUUGUCUAAAUGUGGGGUAUUUAUAUAUGUACAAGAAUAAGUCUUGAUAAAUAAUACUUUAUUUCAAUAUUUUGUAUAUAUAAAUAACAUGUCAUGGUUUACUGUAACACAAAAAUAAUAAGGCUUGUCUUCGGGUCCAAAGAUUAAAGAGGAAUACAGUAUUUCCUGUGGCUAUGCUGUCCCAGCUGUGACCUACAUAUUAUGCCAUUAAUGAUUUAGAAAAAUGAAACGAAUGUGUCAAUAAUUACACAUUUUAUACCCGUAUCAUGUUUUAGAGAACUUUCUGCUCUUCCAUUAGAAUAUUAAAGGACAUAUUGGUUCACAAUAACAUGUAUUACAAACUAAUGUUAGUGAAAAAGACAAUCAAUUUAUAGACUUACUUAAAUAAUUUUAGGCAUAAUGACAUACAUAGCCAGUUAUCUCAAUACUGUUCAAUGAUUUAUUUUGAAUAUUGAGACUUUAUUUUAUGCUAAUUUAAUAAACUGAAAAUCAGAACUCUAUAUGAGCAGGACAAUGUUUAAAUCAGGCUUCUGUAUAAUAUUCACAAUGAAAUAAAUUCUUUUAAAAUGAA